UGUGGGGCAGGGACCCAGGAGAGCCUGGCCGAGAAAGAGCUCCAGCUCCUGGUCAUGAUCCACCAGCUGUCCACCCUGCGGGACCAGCUCCUGACGGCCCACUCAGAGCAGAAGAACAUGGCUGCCAUGCUGUUCGAGAAGCAGCAGCAGCAGAUGGAGCUGGCCCGGCAGCAGCAAGAGCAGAUCGCUAAACAGCAGCAGCAGCUCAUCCAGCAGCAGCAUAAAAUCAACCUCCUUCAGCAGCAGAUCCAGCAGGUCAACAUGCCUUACGUUAUGAUCCCAGCCUUCCCCCCAAGCCACCAGCCUCUGCCCGUCACCCCCGACUCCCAGCUGGCUCUGCCUAUUCAGCCCAUCCCCUGCAAGCCAGUGGAGUACCCGCUGCAGCUGCUGCACAGCCCCCCGGCUCCGGUGGUGAAGAGGUCUGGGGCCUUGACCGCCCACCACUCUCUGCAGGAACCCUCCCAGCCCCUGAACCUGACAGCCAAGCCCAAGGCCUCCGAGCUGCCUAAUACCUCCAGCCCCCCGAGCCUGAAGAUGAGCAACUGCGGACCCCGCCCCCCGAGCCACGGGGCCCCGACUCGGGACCUGCAGGCGAGCCCCCCCAGUCUGCCGCUGGGCUUCCUUGGAGAAGGGGACGCAGUCACCAAAGCCAUCCAGGAUGCCCGGCAGCUGUUGCACGGGCACGGUGCGGCUAUGGACAGCUCUCCCAGCACGCCUUUCCGUAAGGACCUCCUCAGCCUGGACUCGUCCCCAGCCAAGGAGCGGCUGGACGAGGGCUGUGUGCACCCGCUGGAUGAAGCCAUGCUGAGCUGCGACAUGGACGGUGAGGGCCCCGGGCAGGACGGCCCGCUGCUGCUGCCACACCAGGGCCAGGGCUCCCGCCAUUUCCCCGAGUCUCGGAAUAGUAGUCACAUCAAGAGGCCCAUGAAUGCGUUCAUGGUGUGGGCCAAGGACGAGAGGCGCAAGAUCCUGCAGGCCUUCCCGGACAUGCACAAUUCCAGCAUCAGCAAGAUCCUCGGCUCCCGCUGGAAGGCCAUGACCAACCAGGAGAAGCAGCCCUACUACGAAGAGCAGGCUCGGCUGAGCCGGCAGCACCUGGAGAAGUACCCCGACUACAAGUACAAGCCGCGGCCCAAGCGCACCUGCAUCGUGGAGGGCAAGCGGCUGCGGGUGGGCGAGUACAAGGCCCUGAUGAGGACCCGGCGCCAGGAUGCCCGUCAGAGCUACGUCAUCCCCCCGCAGGCCAGCCAGGUGCCGCUGAACUCUGCCGACGUGCUGUACCCCCGGGUGGCCGGCAUGCCCCUGGCGCAGCCCCUGGUGGAGUAUGUGCCCCGGAGCCUGGACCCCAACAUGCCUGUCAUUGUCAACACCUGCAGCCUCCGGGAGGAGGGCGAGGGCGCCGAGGACAGGCACUCGGUGGCCGAUGGCGAGAUGUACCGGUACAGCGAGGACGAAGAGUCCGACGGCGAGGAGAAGAGCGAUGGGGAGCUGGUGGUGCUCACGGACUGAGCCCCCGCCCCCACGGGCACAGCCCACCCACCGCCCACCGGACUCUGUUGGUACUUGGACUUGGGUAUGCCCAGGAGCUGGGUACAGCUACGUACCUGUGCGUAACAUUCUAGAGGGGCCAGCCCCCCUCCGCACCACGCUGCAGGCACCCCGGGGCUGCAGGCCUCGCUGGGUGGACAGGAGGGCAUGGGGCUGGGGGGUGAGUUCCUCAAAGCCCAUGGCCAGGCCACAGUGGAUGACCAGUCCCUUUUGCCUGGGGGUGCCCUGCUUUGGGGUGUGGCAGCUAUGGAUCUGUCCUCCUGGGGGUCACAUGCUUGUCUCCAUUCUUACCCUGGCUGGGCCAGCCACCACGGGACCACGACCCCCACCCUCCACCCCUGGCCCCCUCCAGACCGCUCCUGUCUCCAGGAUCCAUUUGUGCUUCAUGUAAAAGGGUCUGGCUGGCUGUCUUCUUCCUCCUCUGCCAAGCCCCUUGUGCCCCUGACUGCGGUGUGUGCACGCGGUAGCUGUCAGUCGCUGCACAAAGUAUUUAUUGAGCGAGCGCCCACCGUGGCCGGCACUCUUAUUCAGCUCUCGGGGGGCAUGUCUCUGGGGGCCUCUCCCUGCUCCUCCGUGUCCCCAAAUGGCUACCUCUCUGUCAGUCUGGGUGUCUCAGGUUCUCUGUCUGUCCUGGGUCUCCAGGGCCCUUUGUUUCUGCUUCCAGUUCUGGGUUGUCUGUCUCUGGGUCUCUGCUGGCCCCUGGUCUGGGCCUGAGCUCAGGCCCUCAGUCUCCUGGUCCCCUCCCUGCCUCUCCCUCACGCCAUGUUUGGCUCUGAGCAGCAUGGGCCGGAGCCCCCAGCCUUUGAGGGUCUUCAUCCUGGUGUCCUAGCCCCUAGUCCCCACCCAAGGCCCGCGUGUGUGGGGGGUAGGGGGGUGGCCAGGAGGACCAGUGGUGCCCCCUUCUGCAAGAGGCAGAGGCCCUGGAGCACGGGGACUCGGUGACACCUGGCCUCCAGUCUACCCUGUAGAGCUGGUGAGUGUGAGUGCGUGUGUGUGUGUGUGUGUGUGUGUG